UUUGUCAUCUAAUAUUCGAAAUGUCCGACACGAAGGAACUCCUUGAAGUACUUGCAGUUACUGCAGAUACCUGCUUGGAAUUAACGGAAUCAGCCAUAGAUAUAUUUAAUAGCAGCAGACGUGUCCUGGAUGGAGCCUCAAGGGGUAAUUUGCUGACGGCGGUGUCAGGUGUCCUUGGCAUUUUUAUCGGAACUCUCAGAAUCCAAGAAAAACUGACAGCCGGGGAUGUAAUUCGUACUCGUCUUACGGCUGAACAAAAGGGACACCUUCUCCGACGGGUCAUGAGGACUGCAGAACGCCACAAUGUGGGCAAUGUUACUACACUUGUGCGCCUAUUAAGAGUUGAUUCUCUAGUACAGCGCGCUGUUUCUCGAGAUUUAGAAAAUUUCCUGAAUGAAAUCGGUCACUACUGAUUUGCUUCUGUAAAAGUCGGAAGGCUUUACGGCCAUUACAUAAUCGAUUAUAAGUGAAAAUGUAUACAUACAGAAAUAAAUUGGUGAUUCCCCGAAGUUUAU